AUGUUAUUCUUCUUCUCGCAAUUUUAUAGUGACUUGAUUUCAAUCUUGAAUCCCAACUUGAACUGUACCGGUCCGACUUCUCCUUUUCCCGCUCAGUUUCAAGAUCCUCCGAAGCUAUUGAGCCCGAGGCUGCGUAAACCGGUUUCGUUCGAUCUUGAUUCGGAUCAUGUCAUUAGAUGUGUAGAUCAGAAGCUGAGGACGACGUUCCCUGAAGCAUCGUCUAAUGAAGAAGAAGAAGAAGGGACGACGAAGCAGCAGCAGCAACAUAAGGAGUUCAACUUCGGCACGGAUGAGAAAUGUUUGACCAUUGAUGAUGAUGAGGAACAGAGAUUCUUCUUCGACCAAGAACAGUAA